GGGCUGCCGGAUUAUUGCAAAACGCUACUAAACUUGAGAGUGAAAACGCCUUUGCAGCCGCAGAUAAGGGAUCUUCUAUGUGCACUCCAUUCCCAUCUUUGCUGUCUGCAUAUUGGAGAAUGACAAGCGCGACCAACUGGAAACACAACGAUGCGCUUCACUUACUGGGUCCCGAUUGGGCAUUUGAGCUUUUGCAAAUCAACCUGGCAUUUGAAUAUCUGCCAAGACAGGAUACAUCCGGCCUCAAGCAGCUGAACGAAACUUCAACCGAAGGAGGAAUACAGCUUCUCUUCCACCUAGCAAACCUCAAAGCAGAAGCAGCUCUGAGUGCCAGAGACGUGGAUUUGGGCAUGGAGGGGGAGAGAAAGCUUCUCUCAUUUGCACCCGACGACUUUCAGAUGGGUGAAAAUGGGAUGGCCGUCUGGUGGGCGGGCAAGGAAACAGUCUUCAUCGAGAGACACGCGUACAGAUCACCGGACAAUCACCCGAAAUCGAGAUUCUGUCAGAGUAUCCGAGCGUACACCCUGAAGCUGGGCAGUCUCCUUCAACUCCCGGUUUGUGUCAAGCAUCUGCAUGCGUUGGAACUGCUCGGAAUGGUGGAGUUUCAGCGCAGCGAGGAGAUUGGAUUCGUGCUCCGCCUUCCUGGAUCUCUCGGGAAGCAUCGAAGAGGUUUUCCAAUCGAAGAUAUACUGAUUCGCAAGUCCAGGUCAACGCUCGCACACAGGAAUGACGAGAUCGACCGCCUCUGGGUUUCCGGUUCGACCUCGCCCGAAAGCUGGUCCAGAGCGUUGCGUUUCUGCACGCCAGCGGGUGGUUCCACAGGAACAUCCGGACGGCCGAGCUGCUUUUCUUCCCCAAAGACAACAACACCGUUUCACGCGAACGUGGAGGCAUUGACCUUGACAAACCCUUCCUUCUCGGGGACCGGUUUUCCAGGCCCGACGACGUUCAACUACAGGACGGUGACCCCGAUCGAGGGGACUAAACCUCUGGACGGCUCAUGGCGACCUCACCCCUCCCCCCAAUAGCAUACCUCCUCCAUAACCCCCCUGCUAUCGCUGUACGCCUCCCGCGAGCAGCCUUGCCUCUUCCCGUUUCCCCUGGUAC